AAACAUUCACACACACACACACACGCGAUCAAGAGAAAAACAAGACACACACUCACGAACAGCGGAUAGACGCAACACAAACGCGGCGCGCGUGCUGCUGCAGACCCGAAGAGCUGUACGCAGCGCAGAGGCGCACCAUGCCUUGUGCGGACGGUGAGCUGUGCCACCAACCAGACAAGACGCCGCAAGCCCCUCAUGGCCACGUCUGUCAUGGAGGAUGUGGCGGGCGGCUCCACGGCAACUGCGGCAGCAUGGUUGGCGACAUCGAAACAAGGCGAAUCUGCUGCUCGUGCGUCGCAAGAGCUGGCAAGCGCAAAGAGAUACCAGCUGAGGGUGCUGAGGGUGCUGGGGCGGGACCAUCUCAACGCCCGACGAAGAAGAAAUUUCUUCCGGCUGCGAUGA